AUGCAUAUAUCAACAUUUCUUGCCGCAGUAUGCCUCGGCACAACAGUUACCGGCGCACCUACUAAGGUCCGCCGCGGCAACACCGUUAGCCGAACAUCCCCGCCAUCUGGAUGCUUAUCCGUAGGCUCAUCAGGAACAUACUCUACAAUUGGAGAUGCCCUUGAUGCACUUGAUUCAUCGGCUUCCUCUGCCUGUAUAUUUGUUUACAGCGGCACAUACGCGGAACAGUUGAAGAUUGACUUUGCGGGUGAAUUGACCUUGUACGGCGAGACAACAGACUCGGGGGAAUACAAGGAUAAUACAGUUACCAUCACGCAUACUAUAUCGUCUGAGGAUGCGGGGAGUUUGGAUCUCAGCGCUACUGUGAAUGUUGUUUCAGAUGGAUUUAAGAUGUACAAUAUCAAUGUUGUGAAUGGAUAUGGGGAGGGUGCACAAGCUGUGGCACUUGUUGGGAAUGCCGAUCAUCUUGGUUUUUACGGUUGCCAAUUCUCAGGGUAUCAAGAUACCUUGUAUGCCAAAGCAGGAACGCAGUAUUACUCCAAUUGCAUGAUUGAAGGAGCCGUCGACUAUAUCUUCGGCGACGCUUCGGCUUGGUUUGGCGAAUGCGACAUCGUCUCCAACGGCUCGGGUGCCAUCACUGCAAAUUCUCGUGAAGAAUCCACCGAUAGUUCCUGGUAUGCGAUCGAUAACUGCAACAUCAAGGCUGCGUCCGGAGUAGACCUCGAUGGUGAUGUGUAUCUUGGUCGUCCGUGGCGUGUUCUCGCGCGUGUGAUUUAUCAGAAUUCAGAACUGGGAAGCUUGAUUAAUUCUGCUGGGUGGACUACUAUGGCUGAUGGAGCAACGCCAUUGUACUACGAGUACGAUAAUACUGGAGAUGGAUCGAGCACCUCGGCGAGGAAGUAUGAAAGCUCUAUUUCGGCUGGGGUGACCAAGACAACUGUUCUGGGUAGCGAUUAUGCUGCUUGGAUUGAUGGGAGUUACUAA